GAUCUCUUUCUAGACCUAGACCUUUUACCACGAAAAUCACAAGCUCAAUGGGGGAAAAUAUUAUUCCACCAUUGUCUAAACGCUUUUUUAGCACCCUCCCGUUUAAAAAGUUCCAAAAUUCAAAAGUCCGGAACGUUGUUCUAGUCACCGGGGCCAUGACGAUGCCAUUUUUGCCAUUUGUAGGCUAUGUGAAAGCGCUAGAAACGGAGGAGAAGAAGGAACAGGGCUCAGACGAAGAAGAUUCUAUGAAUUUCGAAAGAUGUGAGCACUUACUAAAGGAACGAAAAUUCGACGAAGCUGAAGAAUUGGCUUUGAAGACUCUACGCUCGGCCGAGGAAAGAGAUUCUAUGCAUUUAAUCACCUACGGAAGAGAAUUGAUGGCGGCCGUGGCCAUGGAAAAGGGUGAAUUUUCCAAGGCGGAAGAAAUCCUUUCCGGUGCAAUUAAUUUACUCCUCAGCAUUGGAUAUUCAAAAGAAAACAACGAUGUGAUCUUCUUGACUAUUGAGAUGACAAAUAAUCUGGUGACGAAGGCCUCUCAAGAAACGGACGCAAACAAGGCUAAAGUGUGGAUGACAGUAGCACAUGACGGAUAUAGGUUGCUCAAAAAGAAGCUUUUGAGGAGAAUAGACGUUGGCGCGAAACACGAACAUACGUACAUGUUGCUAAGCAUGGUUUACGAAGGCGUGGCUGAAAUGUACUCAAAACAAGGAAUACUCAUGAAAGCCAGGAGCAACUAUGAAAAAGCGAUCUCGUGGGGUGAAAAGGGCUUUGGCGGGAAUAUGCGAUUGAUUACUCUCAUUAAUGGUCUUUAUAACAUUUGCAUGAGGCAAUAUAACGUUCCAGUUGCCAUUUAUUAUCUGGAGAAAGCUAUUGAACUAGCCAGGAAAAGUGGGGACCAACGACUGGCUGAUAUGCUUGUGAAAUAUGGCUUCAUUCAAAUGCUUUACGGACAUUUGGACCAAGCUUUAAAGACCUGCGGAGAAGGCUUAGAUCUCUCCAGAAAAGCCAAAAACGGUAAAACCGCAUCUGAUGCUGAAGAUUGUUUAAACAGAAUCAAUAGUCAAUUUUUGUAACCGCACUGUUGUUGC